AUGGUCACCUCUGGGGGGCCCCUGGCUGGGACAUACCCUACCCCGCUGCCCCAUGCUGCCUGUCUGUAUAGCAGCCAUGCUGCUGAGGAGUCGAAGUCUUUCGCCAUUGGAACGUUCCAGGGUCUGGUGGAUGAACACGGAUCAGUGUUCCCCUACCCCUCAGUGACCUUUGCCGAGGAGCAGGUCCAGUUCCUGAAGGAACUCGUGGACCCUGUCAGCCGUUUCUUUCCAGGUGAAUGACCCCGCGGCCGAUAUGACUCACUUGUAAACGCGUGAGGACGGACCAUGCAGGGGCUGAAGGACCUGGGGGUCUUUGGGCUGAAGAUUCCCCAUGAGCUGGGUGGGCUGGGGCUGAGGCCAACCAUGUACGCCCGGCUGGUUGGAGUCGUCGGUCUGCACGACCUGGGCGUUGGGUGAUAUGCUUGGGAGCCAUCUAGUCCCAUCGGCUUCAAGGGGUUGUACUGCUUCUACGGGACGCCCCAGCAGAAGGAGAACAAUACCUUGCCCCGGUUGGAUAGUGGGGAGACCAUCGCUGCCUUCUGCCUGACGGAGCCGGCCAGCGGCUCGGACGCCGCCUCCAUCCGCACCACAGCCCGGCCCAGCCCCUGCGGCUCCUACUACACCCUGGACGGGGGCAAGAUCUGGAUCAGUAACGGCGGGCUGGCCGACCUGUUCACCGUCUUCGCCAAGACCCCCGUGAAGAACGAGGCGACGGGCGAGGUGAAGGAGAAGAUGACGGCCUUCAUCGUGGAGCGAGCGUUCGGGGGGGUCACCCACGGCCCCCCCGAGAAGAAGAUGGGGAUCAAGGCGUCGAACACGGCCGAGGUGCACUUCGAGGGCGUGCGGGUGCCGGCGGAGAACGUGCUGGGUCCGCUGGGCGCCGGGUUCAAGGUGGCUAUGAACAUCCUCAACAACGGACGGUUUGGCAUGGCGGCUGGGCUGGCCGGGACCAUGCGGGGCGUCAUCGGCAAGGCCGUGAGUGUCCCCCCCACCGCCCACGCAGACGAGCAGUUCUUGCUGAAGCGGGUGGCGGACGGGGCUAUCGAUCUCUACGCCAUGGUGGUGGUGCUGUCCAGGGCGUCGCGCUCCUUAGCCCAGGCCCACCCCACCGCCCAGCACGAAAAGCUGCUCUGCGAGAGCUGGUGUGAGGAGGCCUACAAGCGCCUCACGGCCACCCUGAGCCCACUGAGCACAGACGGCGCCCGGCACACCUUCCGGCAGCUGCGGAGCAUCUCCCGGGCCGUGGUGGAGAACGGGGGUGUGGUCUCCCCCAACCCCUUGGGCUUCUGAACCCCGACACAGCCCCAGCGGGGAUAGGGGAGACGUGCCUGGGACAUUCUGGCCCCUCCCACUUCCCAGCAUACACCUCUGCCCUCUCCCUGAAGCGUCUGGGAAUUGGGGGGGGCAAUUAGUGGGGUGCAGUACCCUUUUUCCUUCUCCCAAUAUGCCCAGCCUAACAUGUUACCUCUGGGAUAUAGCUUUUCUGCUGAGGAAAUGCCUUAAUGUACCCCUGUUGGAGGAGGGGGGAAUGUUUCUUUCGAGGCUCCCUCAAGGACAGGGAAAUGUCUGUUUCAAGGCUCCCUGAGGAGAGGGGAAAUGUGUGUGUUUGAGGCUACUCUGGAGGAAGCAGCGGGAGCUGCCCUGUAGGAGGAGAGAAAUGUCUACUCAGGAGGAAGGGGGGGAACUACCCAGGGAGGUGGAAUGUCUAUUUCAAGGCUCCCCCAAGGAGGGGGUAAAUGUCUGUUUCGAGGCAGCCCCAUGAAGGGAAAUGUGAGUUACAAAGGUCCCCUCUCCCCCCUGGGGAUAGUUCUGAGCUUUAAUCAGCCAUAGCUGCAUUAUGUUCCCCAGAUGACUGGUCCGUUUUAGGGUAGAGGAGGUGCCAGGCUGGUGGGCGGGGCCCACAAAUUUUGCACCUGUGGGAGAAAACUGGGCACGCCAACACUGAUGCCCUCCAAGCAGGGGUGUCUCCAGAAAUGAGGCUCCCCCAAUUCAAGCCAGCAUCAGCCCUACGGGGAGCCUGGCCCUGCCACUGUUUCCUGGUCAGUAAUAAAUCAAAUAUUUUGGAUGA